CUGAGGCUGCUGUACCAUUCGUGUGACGCAGCCAAUGCAGUCCGGUAUAAGAUUUCUAAAUUCUUUGCCCGGGGAUAAACUCCUGAGGAGCGAAUGACGAAACAAAUUUUGCUUUUAUUCACAUUCAGAGGAUUAGUAAGCAAAGGGAAAAGAGGAAAAAGAAGAAAAUGGCCAGUUUUAUAUUACGGAAAGCUGAACCCAAGGACGUGUGCGAUAUCAUGCGACUCAUAAAGGAACUAGCUAAAUUUGAAGAGAUGGAGGAGAAGGUCGUGCUGACCGAGAAAGAUCUACUUGAAGACGGUUUUGGAGAUCAUCCGUUCUACCACUGUUUUGUUGCUGAAGUCCCAAAAGAGCACAGCUCAGAAGGGUACACUGUGAUUGGCUUUGCCAUGUACUACUUCACAUAUGACCCCUGGAUUGGAAAGCUGCUCUACUUGGAGGACUUUUACGUCAUGCAGGAGUUUCGUGGUUUGGGCAUUGGUUCACAAAUCCUGAAGGUCCUGAGUGAGACAGCAGUGAAGACUCGCUGUAGCGGCAUGCACUUCAUCGUCGCAGAAAACAACACAAAGUCCAUUGAGUUCUACAAGCGAAGAGGAGCAGCCGAUCUCUCCUCUGAGGAGGGCUGGCGUCUUUUGAGAUUGAAAAGGAGGAUCUGCUUAAAAUGACUGCCAAAUAGAGUUUACUGUUUAUUGACUUGUACUGACUGUUGGUGAUAGCAAUAAUCGUGUUUUGUUUGGUCAGUGAUUUGACACAUUUAAAACUGUUAUCUUUGAUAAUAAAUGGUUUCUGCUUAUUUGAGUUAAUCUGAAGUUUAGAAAGACUUCUGCUGAUUUGUGAGGUUUGUGAAUAACUAUUCUACUGCUGGACACCUGCAAUGUUAAAAUUCACUAAAGAUUUGAGAAAAAAACAUGAUUUGUGUAUUAGAGUUUCUUUUUCUUUUUUUCCUAAUUUAUUAAUCAUCGCGAGACACCUUGGUUUAAUGUAACGACCCUUUGUUGGGCCAACACUGGAGUCAUUAUUUGCAGAGGGAGUGUUUUUUUUUGCAUACAUAUUUUGUACUGCCAUUACAAUAAAUCCAUACAUUUUGAAAUAA